GCCGAGCAGGGGUGUAUGGAGUUGAAGUUAAACUUGGGCUGAUCAUUUCCUAUUGUUCUGCUGCUGCUGCCGGGGGACUGGGUCGCUCCCUCUACACAAGAACCUGGGGGGUCAGUUUGUAGGGAUUGUGGGCACCAUUGUGGCCCUUGUAAUGCCCCAGUGCCAUCCCUCCGGUUAGCCUGUGGGGCACUAGGGCUGCUUCUUGCUGAUGGGACGCCCUUCUGGAUGUCACACUGAGAAGUACUCGGCCCUUCUAUGGACUUCUGAUUCCCUAUUGUGCAACUCAUUGGCAGAACCCUGAGGCACUGUUAGAGCUGAAAGUCCCCCCCAUAUCUGAGCCAUGAGGUUCCUGCUGCUGUUCCUGGGCAUCGUGGGCAACCUGUGCCCCUCAGCGGCCCUGCCCUUCAUUCUCACCCAGCUGAGCACCCGUAAGAGCAGCUGCAAAGCCAUCCCCAGCAGUAUGACCCUGUGCCACGGCGUGGGCUACAGCGAGAUGCGCCUGCCCAACCUACUGGGCCACGACACCAUGAAGGAGGUUCUGCAGCAGGCGGGCUCCUGGGUUCCGCUCCUCACCAAGCAGUGCCACGCAGACACCAAGAAGUUCCUGUGUUCUCUCUUUGCCCCCGUGUGCCUGAGCGAGCUGGAGGAGGCCGUGUACCCGUGCCGCUCCCUGUGCGAGGCAGUGCGGGACGGCUGCACCCCUGUCAUGGCAGCCUUUGGCUUCCCCUGGCCUGAUAUGUUCAACUGUACCCAGUUCCCUCUGGGAAAUGAGCUGUGUGUGCCCCCUGCUGGCAGCGAGGAUAAGCAGCAAGAGGUGAAAGAAGAGGCCCCCUGCUCCGCCUGCCGUAACCGGGGUGAUGCUGACAAGGAUUUCCUACAGAACUACUGCUCCUCUGAUUUUGCUCUGAAGAUAAACAUCCGCUCGGUCUCCACCCUGGAAGGAGACGUCAUGGUGGUCCCGGAGGCGAGGAGUCGGACCGUGUACAAGAGCAAGGGCUGGAGCGACGAGGAGCUGAGGAAGACCGUGCUGUGGCUGUCGGAUGGGGACAACUGCCUCUGCCAGGACAUUCACGAGCCAGGGGCCACCGUGCUGGUUCUGGGUCACCGGGCCGACGACAGGCUGGUCAUCUCCUGGGUCCGAAAGUGGCAAAAGAGCGAGAAGGAAACCAAGAGAUUCUCCAGAACUGUGCGUAAGCUGCAAUGCUAGGUACUGCUAGUGGCACGGAGAGGGGGGUCCGGUAUCUUGUCCCCGGAACCCGCCCAUUCAUUUGGGUCUCGGUGGUCCCUCCGGUGCCGCCAGCUCUGAUUGGAUAGAACUGCUAACCUGUUGGCAUCUGUGGGAUAUAAUCAGCAGCUGGAACAGCCCGGAGUCCUCCCUAGAUGCAUUGUUCUAUUGGGUUUGUGGGCCGGCACCGACAGUGGGACUAAAGUGUAUGUUGCCUGGGACUGAGGAACCGUGGGCCCAAGGGCUAACUCUCAUUUUAAUUCAUGUUAGUUUGUGUGUGUGGGGGAGGGGGGGCAAUGGUGGCCCUAUUUCCCAUGGCUCCGCCCACAGAGGGUCAGUGAGAAUCCCCUAUAGGCCCACCCACUGUGCUUAGUCAGUAUAUGUGCUUCCUUAUAGAAGUAUAUGGGGGUCUAUAGAACUGACAGGGGGGCUUCUUUAUGUCCAUUCCUCCCCCCCCCCCAGCAUCAGCCAAGCAACACUCCGCUGGCCCCCCAUUCACCCUCAGGCCUUCUACCCCUGUACGUGUGGGUGCAGAGACCCUGUAUAUAAUGAACCCUUUGUCCUUUCUCCUUACUCAUGAGCUGUGCCCUGGGGCUGCGCAGACACCCCCCCCCCCCCCCCAUUCCUAUAAUAAGAAACAGAUGUCAGAACAAGUUCCUACAGAGCAGGGAACGGCCCCCCCGGGAGAUGGGGAUUUUCAUUUAAUGAUGGACUGACUGCUGAGCUAGAGACCCGCUCUGUCCGGUACCGGGGGGCCCAGGGUGGGGGGAUCCUCGUUACAGAGGGUUCAGCCCACACAAUCAUUCCCCAUUUUUAUAACAGCCCUGUAUUUGUUUAUACGUUACACAGUUUUAUAUAGUUCUUAUAAAGAGACAUCUUGUAGAGCGA